AACGGAACUUCCCCCGGAAAGAUGGAGAAGGCGCUGCGGAAAACGACGCCGUGCCGUGCCGACGUGCCGGACGAGCUCUCCCCCAAAACGCACCUAUAAAUACCCGCGCAGUCCCCCAUCCCCCGUCCUCGUCUCUCCAUGGCAAGUCCGUGAGCUCCCUCCCUCCCCCCCUCCCUCCCUCGUUCUGCCGAAACCGACCACUCUCUCCUUCUCUCUUUCUGGAAUCUUGUAUUGCGAAGGCCAUUGAGGUUUGUAUGAUCAUUGAAUAAUAUGCCGGCAGCAACUGCUGACACAUCCGAUCGAGAUGUGGAACCUUUCCUGGAGCUUGAUCCAACGGGGCGAUUUGGGAGGUAUGGCGAUCUCCUUGGACAUGGUGCAGUGAAAAAGGUCUACAGAGCAUUUGAUCAGGAAGAAGGAGUAGAGGUGGCUUGGAAUCAGGUUCGUUUGGCUAAUUUCAGCGACGAUCCGGUGUUCAUCAAUCGUCUUUACUCGGAGGUUCAGUUGCUGAGCACAUUGAAGAACAAAUACAUUAUUGUCUGCCACAGUGUGUGGAGGAACGAUGAAAACCAUACUCUGAACUUCAUUACGGAAGUAUGCAAUUCAGGGAACUUGAGGAAUUACAGGAGGAAACAUCGUCAAGUGUCUAUCAAGGCGCUGAAAAAAUGGUCAAAGCAAAUACUGGAGGGACUGGAUUAUCUCCAUACGCAUGACCCCUGCAUCAUUCACAGAGAUUUGAAUUGCAGCAAUAUCUUUAUGAAUGGGAACAUUGGCCAGAUAAAAAUUGGUGAUCUGGGGUUGGCAGCUGUUGUGGGUAAGAGCCAUAUAGCGCAUUCAUUGAUUGGGACUCCAGAGUAUAUGGCACCCGAGCUGUAUGAGGAGGACUACACAGAGACGGUGGAUAUUUACUCUUUUGGAAUGUGUUUGCUGGAGAUGGUGACCAUGGAGAUACCCUACAGUGAAUGUGACAGUAUUGCCAAAAUAUACAAGAAGGUGACGGGUGGCAUAUGGCCUCGAGCUAUGACCAGAGUGACAAAUCCAGAAGUGAAGGCUUUUAUUGAGAAGUGCAUAGCUCAGCCAAGGGCGCGACCAUCGGCCUCCGAUCUUCUCAAGGACCCCUUCUUUUCUGAGGUCUCUGGUGAUGAAACUGACCCAACUGGCUGAUUGCUUCACAAGCGAAUUAUUUGGCGGAGUUAUUAGCUAAUUCCACCAGCCUAAAUAUCCCGUCAUUGACUAUUGUCAAUCCCUCUCUAUACCUCGUGAAUUUUUUCUCUGUCAUGCUCAUCAAGUACAUAAGUAGUGGAUAGAAGAAGAAGCAGAGUUGUAAGGAAUAAAAAGGAAGAAAGGGGAAAGAAUUGCAGAUCUGUCUAUCCUUGUAUUCUUCUAGAUUUACUAGUGCAUUCUAUCUUGUUACCCCUUCUAGCUGA